CAAGCCUCAUUGCUGCAUACACCUAGACGAAGCUGCCGCCUGUGGAUCGCUCUCUCCUCCAGGAUACAAACAAAGAAAACCCAUCAGACUUUAAAACCUCUUGCGCCUUUCAAAACACGACACGACGCACACCACACCACACACACACACACAUACUCCUAAAUUGGCAGAAUCUUCCUACUCUAACCCCCACACACACCUCCGCUUCCUCUCACUGUCGCCUUGCUCCUUCUUGCAAACACUCUCCUUCUUCCUGCAGAAAGAGGAGCAGUAAGGAGAUUGGCGUGGUUGUCGGUUUUUGGCUCCUGGUCUUUGGCUCGGAGGGAGCAGAGUGGCAGAUGGCGAUGUGAAGACGGGCUCAGCCAGUGUGGGAGUCACCAGAGAGAGAGAAGCAACAGUCCACCUCCCCGGGUGAUUCAUUACUAAUCCAUGCAGCUCUGCACUGUGUGGUCGCUCUGGCUCACCGUAGUCAUAUUUGACUGCCUGACAAUGGCUAACAGCGGCUGGUUGCCCCAGGAUACAGGAUUUGACUUGAUCAUGUGAUUGCUGACUGACUCUUAAAUUCCCUGCUGUCUUUUAUAGGGGAACCAUGACCCGCCGAUUGAGCAGCUCGACCCGUUCCCAUACUGAGGACUCCAUCUUCCUGAGGCCUGACGAGGACCCCGUCUGGCUGGACGAGCCAACAAAGACAGAAAAAAUUCGUGAGAGAAACCCUAAAAAAGACCUAUUCCCAAACUGCAAAGCUGGACCUCCAGGAGGCCAAAAGCCACAGGGGGAAGUGGUGUUCAUGCACAAAGUGUACGCGCUGGUAGUGGAAAUCCACUGCUGGGCCGCACUGUUUGUUGUCUCUCAAGUCACGGGGUACUGGGUAUUUUUUGUGGUGGAGGGAAAUGGACCGCUCUCCUCCAUCUACAAAGCCCUGCAGGCCAUCGAUUUCUAUCUGAGCUUCAUCUUGCCUUGUCACCCAAUUUUUGGAAUGGAUUCCACGGUGUUGAUGAGGGAGGUGUUGGACACCACGCAGCACAACUGGAUCGUCAAUGGGACUGCAGGCGUUGGUGUGGCCAUCUGUGUUAUCAUGGUUGUCCACAUGGUCUGGAAAUGGCGUUACGGAACCAGUUUAUGGUCAUCAGAAACAGUUUUGCAUGAUGUUGGUGAUCGGCGUCAGUCUGUGAGCCGCCAGCCCUCCUUCACCCUCUCAGAGUGGACUGAUGCUCAGGAGGACCUGCUGGACCUGGACCCUGUUCCCCAGACGCCGGUCUUUGACAUAGGCACUGACAUCAGGGCAGAGGGAGACGCUGUAACCCUCACUGUCACACCUGUGGGGCUUCAGGAGAGGAGGGGCUCUAACGUCUCACUGACUUUGGACAUGUGCACACCGGGCUGCACUGAGCCCUACGGCUAUGGAGCUCAGCUAUCCCCCCGAGACCAGACGGCCAAGGAGUACCUCCGGCAGGGAACACACAACCUGACCCCAGCCAUGUUACACACACGGGCCAUGGACGACGAGAACCUGCAGGCUGAGUUUUAUGAAACUCCCAUGAACUUUGUAGACCCUAAGGAGUACAACUACCCCGGGCUGGUGAGAAAGAACCGCUACAAAACCAUCUUACCCAACACACACAGCAGAGUGAUCUUACAGUCGCUGGAUGAAGAGGAUUUCCUCACUACCUACAUCAAUGCUAAUUAUCUCAAAGGCUAUGGGGAUGAGGAGCGAGCAUACAUCGCCACCCAGGGUCCCACUGUGAAUACUGUGGGCGACUUCUGGAGAAUGGUGUGGCAGGAGAAGUGCCCGAUCAUAGUGAUGAUCACCAACCUAGAAGAGAAAAAUGAGAAAUGUGCAGAGUACUGGCCUGAGGACACUGUAACCCAUGAGGGCAUCGAAAUCACUGUCGUCUCUGUAACCCAGGAGGAUGACUACAGUCUAAGGGUGUUUACUUUGAAGUGUGAGGGAGAAGAGCGCAGUCUGCAGCAGUACUGGUACACCUCGUGGCCAGAUCAGAAGACUCCAGACAAAGCUCCACCUCUCCUGGAGCUGGUGCAGGAAGUGGAGAGGGCGCGAGAGGAAGCCCCGCCCUCCAGUGGUCCUACUAUUGUCCACUGCAGUGCUGGAAUUGGUCGAACCGGCUGCUUUAUUGCCACCUCCAUCCUGUGCAAGCAGCUGAGGACUGAGGGCGUGGUUGACAUCCUGAGAACCACCUGCCAGCUCCGUCUGGACAGGGGUGGGAUGAUCCAGACAAGUGAGCAGUACCAGUUUGUGCAUCAUGUCCUCAGCCUGUACGAGAAGCAGCUGUCUCACACUGCUGAGGAGUAGAGUGAGCCCUACGGACACACCCAGACCGAGACACACCACUGUACACUGUACCACCUCUGGUGGUACGCACCACUGUAUCUAGCAUCAUCUCAAUCUCACCCUUUAACACGCUCAAACCAUGUUGAUCACUUCACCCAUGACAGGCUUGAGAAGAUGUGAAAUAUUUGGUUAUUGUUUAUCUUUAAGCUGAACAACAAAAGGAGGAGAGAUCUGAUCAGACACUUUGCUGUUGUCAAUCCACAGAGUCAGUCAGGUCUAAAAUGAUCCACCCUGCUCUAUCAUUUGCACUGCUGUGGUUUUUAUCAAGUUACUGUAUAUGAGUCUAAGUCAUCAAAGCCUCCUUUAGUUCUUACUCUGAAAUACCCCUGUCUUAUACUGUAUGUACAGUUAUCAAAAGAGCUAAAGCAUUAUCAUAUUACCUGCAGCGAUAUCAGAUUGCUGGGUAGAGGACAUUCAAGAUCAGCUGCCCAAAGUUAGUGUUAAAAAGUAAGGGCCCUUUACUGCAUAAGUGCCAGCAUAAUCUCAAUUUACAAGAAUGAUCAAAUACCAGCCUAAUACUAAAGAGUAUACAGAUUUCAAACUUCACAUGAAUUAUAAGUUAACAUCUUUUCUCAUUGACUCUCAUUGACUUUUACUGUAAAAAGACAUCAUCACAGAAGGCCUGUUUCUACUUGUGAUGCAUUCAGGAGCCACCUCAUCUUCAGGUUGCAUGGUGCUAAGUGUUCAUUAAAGGCAUGUGCAAUGUUAUGGAACAUAGGAAUGUAUUACAGUUAGGUUAUUAAUUAACUAAUUAGGAUUUCUGUGCUACAGUAUUAAAGUUUUUACCAUGCUGCCUGUGCAGUCCUCAUGGCCCCAUGAUGUUUACAGUCAACAACUCAACUGCAUUAAGGCCACAUAGACAAACACUCAGAGGCAUCACAGUGAAGGCAACACUGAGGGGACAGAAGCCAGAAAUAGCAUCAGACCAUCUGAAAAAUCAAUGCAAACCACCACCAAAGCUGUGAAGAAUCUGGUGUAUACACACAGGGAAGUGCAAUGCACAGGGAAGUAAAACAGACAGUUAAUAUUCUAAUUAAUUUGUAUCAUUAAGUUUAUCCCCCUAAGUGUUUCCCAUUCUGUAAUGCCUCUGAUUUCAACAGUAGCUUGAACACAUCUGUGAAGUAAGAAGCCCCUGAUUAUUGUAUAGACAGGCCAGGCCUAAUCUGUAUGAAGCACAAAUAGACACACCGAGGUUGUCUCUGAUGUUCAGCUGUAACAGUUCUCUUUCUUUAUGUAUUGUGUUUUGAUUGUGUUGAGUUUAAUGGAUUGCAUGUGCUGUAUGGGACUCCAUUGGUCCAAAAUCAAAGCGACGUGAUUGGUUGUCCUGCUUUUUGUUGUGUAAAAGGGUUCAAAGCCCAUUAUAUAUAUAUAUAUUAUAUAUAUUUAUUGCUUGCUCUCGGCCAAUGCUUUUGAUACAGUUUGCUUUUGUGAAACCAACCAGAGAUAUUUUUAGAACAUUUUGAUACAAUCCUUUCGAGUAGAUGCCUUGUGUAUAUUUCCGUUUACACCAUGAUGGAAUGUAGCUCAUACUGUGGAUCAAACCAUCGGUUUUUAUUGCAAGAUUUGACGGAACAAAAAUGUGACAACUACCUGAGUUACCUUACAGAACAGAGAAUAAAUAGAUUAUGUUCAGUCCUCGGUAUCAUUACUUUAUGCCUUUAGGCUUUGCUUUAAUAUGCUUUGCUUUCUGUGUAUGUUCUUAUGGUUUUUAUUGGAGAAUUUUACCUCAGACUGACUUUUUACGCAGUCCCCACUCAAUUCCAUCUGUGACUCUUCGGCCCUUCUCAGUUGACAACAUGAGAUAUAAUUGCUACGUGUAAAGGCAGCUAAAACAGUGAAGACAGUUUUGUAUGUAACAAAAAUACACUCAAAAAACUUCUACCUUGAAGCGUCAGAUCAACAGUCAUGGACAUUAUCAGAGGACAGAAUUACUUGUGUGGACGCGGACCAAUUUACAAACAUCAAAUCAUUUAGCAAAUUAAACUGCCACAAUUACCUUUUGCAGGAAACACGGACUACGAUGAGAAAAGCUAAAAUCUAUUGUCAGACUUUGAAUCCUCUGAUAAUGGCCAAUGUACCUGACUGAAAGACUAUUAUUUUGAGUGCUUAUUUCAAUGCUUACCUGGUCAUCUACUGAUGAUCAAAAUGGGGACAAUGAAAUAGCCAAACAGUCAGACAUACAACCAACCAGCAUCAGUAUUCCUCUCCUCUGCUACAGUACCGCUUUAAGUUGUGAGUUUUUGCAUCCAAAUAAAGGUAGAUUUUCAUGAAA